GUUUAUUAAAACGAAAAAAAUUAGGAAAAUAUAUUGGACAGCCGAUAAAUUUUUUGCAUAUUUUUAAAGAAAAAUUAAUAAAAAAAAUACUGUAAAAGUAUAGAAACUAAGGAGAAUUAUAUUUCAAUCACAACUAAAUAACUAAUAUUAAGAAAACAUGGGAGGAGUACUAAGUUAUUUUCGUGGUUUACUGGGAUCUCGUGAAAUGCGUAUAUUGAUUCUGGGCUUAGAUGGUGCUGGCAAAACAACAAUAUUGUAUAGACUACAAGUGGGAGAAGUGGUGACCACUAUACCAACCAUAGGUUUUAAUGUGGAACAGGUGACAUAUAAAAAUUUAAAAUUCCAAGUAUGGGAUUUGGGUGGACAAACAAGUAUAAGACCCUACUGGCGUUGUUAUUAUAGCAACACAGAUGCUAUAAUAUAUGUGGUAGACUCCGCAGAUCGUGAUAGAAUAGGCAUUUCCAAAGAUGAGCUUUUAUACAUGUUAAGGGAAGAAGAACUUGCCGGUGCCGUUUUGGUAGUAUUAGCCAACAAACAAGAUAUGGAAGGCUGUAUGACUGUGGCUGAAGUACAUCAUGCUUUAGGCUUGGAGAAUCUAAAAAAUCGUACUUUCCAAAUAUUCAAAACAUCUGCGACCAAGGGUGAAGGUCUUGACCAAGCUAUGGAUUGGCUUUCCAAUACUUUACAAAGUCGUAAAUAGUCGUAUUUACUUAACCUACUACAUCUUUUCCUCCCAUACAACCCUAAAAAAAUACCAAUACCUUUCGUAUUCAAUUAUGUCAAAGAAAUAUUUUAUUUGUUUAAUUUCUAUCCCCCCCCCUACUGAACGAUUCCUUCUUUUUUGUUUGUAAUUUUAAGUAAUUAUAAAUAUGCAAUUAAAAACAAAAAAAUCAUAAACAAGUUUAUAAACAAA